AUUGAAUAAUUACGAUUUAAUACUGGAGCCCACCUUUUAUUAUCAUCGUUUCCACGCAAAUAUUUCGUCGAAAAAUCGAAACAGAAAAGUUUUUUGAUUGCAUUCUGAAUCAACUUCUCCUUUAUAUUCAAUCAGGAAUUAGUUUCUUUUUCAUGGCAGAUUUUGUUUGUCUCCUCGAUACAGUACCAUUUUCCCGAGCCUGACCUGCGAAUUCUGAACAUCUGGUCCACAUCUCGGAAUCAGAUUCCCUGGGUGAAUUAGAUUCUCAUCACAAAGAUUACACACUGCUGGAAGAGUGCUGUUAACAUGGGCACACCUAUGCGACGAUCCGGCAUGAAUAUUAGAAGAACAAAUGAAACAAUGAGGCUAAUAGUAACUACUAUUGUGGGAAUCGUUUUUGGCUUCUUUUUAGGUGUAUCUUUUCCUACACUUUCACUGACGAAGGUUCAUCUACCUUCGAGCCUGUUUUCUUCUAUAGAUCUUACUUACAUUGAGGACAAGUACUCGGGUCUCUCAACUCAAGCACUGUUAAAUAUGUGGUCUUCUCUUAAGGGUCAUAAGGGCAGCUCACAAAAAGUAAAUAACGCUAAGAUCUGGGUUUCCACCAAUCCUCGAGGAGCUGAGAGACUACCACCUGGCAUUGUUACAUCAGAGUCUGAUUUGUAUCUUCGCAGAUUGUGGGGCCAUCCUGGUGAGGACUUAAUUAUCAAACCUAGGUAUCUUGUAACCUUUACUGUAGGUUAUGAGCAGAGAAAAAACAUUGAUUCUGCAGUUAAAAAGUUAACAGAGAACUUUAUGAUUUUGUUAUUUCACUAUGAUGGACGGGUAAAUGAAUGGGGUGAAUUUGAGUGGUCAAAAUCGGCUAUCCACGUGAGUGUGCUGAAGCAGACUAAAUGGUGGUAUGCUAAGCGUUUUUUGCACCCUGAUAUUGUGGCACCUUACGAUUAUAUAUUUAUCUGGGAUGAGGACCUGGGAGUUGAGAACUUUGAUCCAGAGGCAUAUAUAAAACUGGUGCGGAAGCAUGGUCUAGAUAUUUCACAGCCAGGGUUAUCUGCAGAUAGUGGCAUGACAUGGCAGAUGACGAGAAAACGAGAUGACACUGAAGUCCACAAAGAAACAGAGGAAAGACCGGGUUGGUGCACUGAUCCUCAUUUGCCACCAUGUGCAGCAUUCGUCGAGAUCAUGGCACCUGUGUUUUCUCGAAAUGUAUGGCGUUGCGUCUGGCAUAUGAUUCAGAAUGACUUGGUCCAUGGAUGGGGUCUUGAUUUUGCUCUCCAGAAAUGCGUUGAGCCAGCUCAUGAAAAAAUAGGAGUGGUAGAUUCUCAAUGGAUUGUGCAUCAAACGGUUCCUUCAAAACUUGUCAAACUUAACGAUGGAUUGUGA